AUGGUGCGUCUAAGGGAAAUCCCAAGGACGGCUACCUUUGCCUGGUCCCCUGGAGCAGCGUCGCCAUUGAUCGCCACAGGAACCAGGGCUGGGGCUGUUGAUGUCGACUUUUCCAACAAGACAUGUCUUGAGCUCUGGGACCUGGGCCUGGACCGCCCAGACGCGAGCGAGGAGCUACAGCCGGUAGCUAAGAUCGAUACCGACUCGGGUUUCAAUGAUUUGGCGUGGACCGAGUUCGACAACAGCAAACGUGGCGUGAUUGCGGGCGGUUUGGAGAAUGGCUCAUUGGACCUGUGGAAUGCCGAUAAGCUGCUUGCUGGGUCCAGUGACUCGUUGAUGUCGAGGUCCUCCAAACACUCCGCCGCCAUCAAGGCUCUCCAAUUCAACCCUAAGCACUCGAACCUCCUGGCAACCGGUGGUGCGAAUGGCGAGCUGUACAUUUCGGACGUGAACAACCUCGAAAACCCGUUCCGGCUGGGGAACGCGGCGGCUCGCACCGAUGACAUUGACUGCUUGGAUUGGAACAAGAAGGUCGCUCAUAUCCUGGUCACCGGUAGCAGCGCCGGCUUCGUGACUGUCUGGGACGUCAAGACCAAGAAGGAAACUCUGACCCUGAACAACAUGAACCGCAAAGCUGUCAGCGCAGUCGCCUGGGACCCUAACAACUCCACCAAGCUCAUCACAACGACACCUCUCGACUCAGACCCGAUGAUCUAUGUUUGGGAUCUGCGAAACUCCCACGCCCCAGAACGGACUCUGCAAGGCCACGAGUCUGGCGUGCUUUCACUUGCUUGGUGCAACCAGGACCCAGAUCUCCUUCUCUCUUCCGGCAAAGAUAAUCGCAACAUCUGCUGGAACCCGCAAACCGGCCAGAGCUACGGUGAAUUCCCCGUCGUCACCAACUGGACUUUCCAGACUCGCUGGAACCCACACAACCCGAACUUCUUCGCCACUGCGUCGUUCGACGGCAAGAUUUCCGUGCAGACCCUUCAGAACACCAAAACCGACACCUCUCAGGCCAUUGCCGACCAAAAUCAGGCCUUGGAUGGUGAGGACUUCUUUGCCAAGGCGCAGACGCAGCCCCAGGUCUCCAAAUUUUCCCUUUCCAAGGCUCCUCGGUGGCUCCAACGGCCCUCUGGUGCGUCUUUCGGGUUUGGAGGCCGGGUUGUUUCUAUUGGUCUAACUGAGAAGGAACCUCGCCUUUCCAAGAUUAAGAUUACGCCGUUUGAGGUCGAUAAGACUGUUGGCAAUGCCACUGAGAGCUUUGAGUCAGCACUGAAGGAGGGCGAUAUCCGCAGCCUCUGCGAGACCCGAGCUUCGGGCGCAUCAAGUGAAGAAGAGAAGGCUGACUGGAAGGUGAUCCAGACCUUGCUUUCUGACAACCCCCGACAGAGCCUGGUCGAGUACCUGGGUUUCAAGGACCAGACUGAUGAGACCGCCGAUAGUCUGGCAAAGCUUGGAUUGGAGCAGAAGGACGAAGGAGAAGAAGGAAAGGAAGAGACCAAUGGCUCAACUGAGAAGGCCGGCGGGGCAAAGAAGCACAAACGCUUGCAGUCCAUGUUCGAUGCAAACCCCGAGAGUGAUAACUUCCUUUCCGACCUGGCUGCCUCUAAGGGUGCCCGCACCAACAACCCGUUCCAGAUUUUCAAUGGCUCGGAAAGCGAGGCGGAGCAAAAGAUCACUCGAGCAUUGCUCUUUGGUGAAUUCGAGAAGGCUCUCGAUGUCGCCCUCCAAGAAGACCGGAUGUCGGAUGCGUUCAUGAUCGCUAUCUGCGGUGGCCAGAAGUGCAUCGAAAAGGCUCAGGAGUACUACUUCUCUAAGCAGACUGGUGGUCCGAACUACAUGCGUCUGCUGGCGUCAAUCGUGGGCAAGAACCUUUGGGACGUGGUCCACAACGCGGAUCUGUCGAACUGGAAGGAGGUCAUGGCCGCGCUGUGCACCUUCGCUGAUCAGAAGGAGUUCCCCGACCUCUGCGAGGCGCUCGGCGACCGACUUGAGGAGCAAGUCAGAAACACGGAAGACAAGAGCGCCCGCAAGGAUGCCUCUUUCUGCUACCUGGCCGGUUCAAAGCUGGAGAAGGUCGUUGCUAUCUGGGUCGAGGAGCUGCGUGAAAAUGAGCAAAAGGGAAUCGAGAAAGAUGCCGACGACUCUACUUUCUCUAUCCACGUUCGCGCUUUACAGGGCUUGAUCGAGAAGGUGACUAUCUUCCGACAGGUCACCAACUUCCAGGAUACCGAACGAACCAAGGAGUCCGACUGGCGCCUCAGCAACCUGUACGACAAGUAUAUCGAGUAUGCCGAUGUCGUCGCCACCCAUGGACGCCUGCAGAUUGCCCAGAAGUACCUCGAUCUUGUGCCUGAGAAGCACCCGGAAGCCGAGGUGGCUCGCAACCGUAUCCAGCUGGCUACGAGACAGCCACCGCAGAAAGCGCAGGCAGCUACCACGGCCCGGGGUGGAUACAAGACCCUUCCGCAACAGCCCAAUGCUUACCAGCCUCAGCAAACCUUUACCCCGGCUGCACCAGCGGCUCCUUAUGCUCCUACGGGUGGUAUUCAAAGCCCGUACGCGCCUCCUACGGCGGCCCCUUCGCAGCCGGCCAAUCCAUAUGCUCCCACAACGGCAGCCACGCCAUCCCAGCCCCCCAACCCGUACGCCUCUGUCCCUAGCGGUCCUACCGGCGGCUACACGCCAACUGGAUACCAGCCAACCCAAGGAAUGAGGCCUCCAGCCUACGCCCCUCACUCUGCGUUUGGACAGCCAGCAGGUGCCGCUGUCCCGCCUCCUCCGCGCGCAUCUAACCAGUCCCCGGCCAACCACAUGACUACAUAUACCACGGCCACCAACCUUCCGGCAUGGAACGAUUUGCCCGAGGGCUUUGCCAAGGCUCCUACUUCGCGUCGUGGUACCCCUGCCGCAUCCGCUGCCACCAUCACCUCCCCGUUCCCCAACCAAUCUCCGCCGUUGGCCCAAGGUCCUCCGCCCCCAGGCCCCCCGCGGGCUGGUACUCCCCGGGCACCAUCCGUCCCUCCUCCGCCCAAGGGUGGGGCACCCCCACCGCGCAUGACCUCGCCCCCUUCGGCCGGCGCGCCUCCGGCUUCGGUUCUUUCUCCUGGGGCUUCUCCGGCGCCACCGGUGAACCCAUACGCCUCCCUUCCCCAGUCUCCGCCCAUGGCGUCGAGCAUGGCACCCCCGGCAUCGCUUCCUCGAGGCCCGUCGCCUUACAAUGCUCCACCUAGCAUGCCGCCGCCCAGCAACCGGUAUGCGCCUAACCCGGCGGCUCAGGCUCCAAGCCCCCAGAUGCAAACUCGCGGGCCGGUACCUCCCCCGCCUCAGGCAGCGGCUUCCCCAUACGCCCCACAGCUCCCGGCGGUAAACCCGUACGCGCCCACUCAGCCUACUGCCAUCCAGCCUCCGCCGAUGGCUCAGGCCCCGCCGCCACCCCAUGGCUCUCGGCCCGGCACUGCCCAGUCGCAGAGAGCAGCUCCCCCGACUCCCAAGUACCCCCCCGGUGACCGUUCACACAUCCCUGCCAACGCAAUGCCUGUGUUCGAGAUUCUCGCGGCAGACAUGCAGCGUGUCAAGUCCCGGGCUCCAUCUUCCUUCAAAGCACAGGUGGAUGACGCGGAGCGCCGCCUGAGUAUCUUGUUCGACCACUUGAACAACGAGGAUCUUCUCAAGCCCAACACUGUGGACGAAAUGGCGGACCUGGCGCGUGCCAUUCAGGCUCGCGAUUACGAGACUGCCCGUGCCAUCCACGUCAACAUCAUGACCAACCGAACGGAUGAAUGUGGGAACUGGAUGGUUGGCGUGAAGCGACUGAUCAGCAUGAGCCGAGCCACCCCAUGA